AUGGUCCCGACCCUGCUCCUCCUCCUAUGCUCCACCUUCCGGACCGCCCUGCUCUCGGUGGGCGGGGGCGGCGGCGGAGGGGAGCCCGGGCAGUUGAAGCGGGAGGUGCGGAUCGAGGGAGACCUGGUGCUGGGUGGGCUGUUCCCGGUGCACGAGAAGGGCGCGGGCAUGGAGGAGUGCGGGCGAGUGAAUGAGGCCCGGGGCAUACAGAGGCUGGAGGCCAUGCUGUUCGCCAUAGACCGCAUCAACCAGGACCGGAGCCUGCUGCCGGGGGUGUCUCUGGGGGUGCACAUCCUGGACACGUGUUCCCGGGACACUUAUGCUCUGGAACAGGCCCUUGAGUUCGUGCGUGCGUCUCUGACCAAAGUGGACGACACAGAGUUCAUCUGUCCUGACGGCUCAUAUGCUCUGCAGGACGACAGCCCUCUGGCCAUCGCAGGGGUCAUCGGGGGCUCCUUCAGCAGUGUGUCCAUACAGGUUGCCAAUCUGCUCCGGCUCUUCCAGAUCCCUCAGAUUAGCUACGCCUCCACCAGUGCCAAACUCAGUGACAAAACCCGCUACGACUACUUCGCCCGCACCGUACCACCGGACUUCUAUCAGGCCAAGGCCAUGGCCGAGAUCCUGCGUUACUUCAACUGGACCUACGUGUCAACCGUGGCAUCUGAGGGAGACUACGGGGAGACUGGCAUAGAGGCGUUUGAGCACGAAGCACGCAUGAGGAACAUCUGCAUCGCCACGUCAGAGAAGGUGGGGCGCUCUAACGCUAAGAAAUCGUACGAGGUGGUGAUCCGACAGCUGCUGCAGAAGCCCAAUGCCCGUGUGGCCGUGCUCUUCCUGCGCAGUGAUGACGCCCGGGAGCUCCUCGCCGCUGCUGCCCGCCUUAACACCUCCUUCAUCUGGGUGGCUAGCGAUGGCUGGGGGGCGCAAGAGAGCAUAGUCAAGGGCAACGAGAUCACAGCGGAAGGGGCAAUCACGCUCGAGCUAGCAGCCAAUCACGUGCCGGACUUCAACCACUACUUCCUGAAUCUGAACCCUCAUCGGAAUCAUCGGAAUCCGUGGUUUAAGGAGUUCUGGGAGCAGAGGUUUCAGUGUUCGCUAGCCGGAGAGAAGCACUUGCCUCCGUGUGGUAAAGAUCUGGUCAUAGACAAGGGUACUUUCGAGCCGGAGUCCAAAAUCAUGUUUGUGGUGAACGCGGUGUACGCCAUGGCCCACGCGUUACAUCACAUGCACCGGAGCCUCUGCACUAAUGCCACCCACCUAUGUGACGCCAUGAAGGCCCUGGACGGACGAAGACUUUAUCGCGAAUUCAUCCUCAACGUUAGCUUUCCAGCCCCCUUCUCUCCCCCGGGCAGCGAGACCGUGGUCAAGUUCGACUCCCAGGGUGACGGCAUGGGGCGCUACAACAUCUUCAGUUACCAGCGGGUGGGCGAGCGGCUGGGGUACGUGCCAGUGGGGGAGUGGGUGGAGAGUCUGAGCCUGAACGGGCAUCUGAUCCAGUGGCCCCGGGAAGCAGUGCCCACCUCCCAGUGCAGCGACCCAUGUGCCCGCAACGAGAUGAAGAAGAUGCAGGCAGGGGAGUACUGUUGCUGGAUCUGUACUGCGUGUGAGGCCCAUGAGUACUUGUCAGAUGAGUUCACGUGUACGCCCUGUGCCCCGGGACAGUGGCCCACUGAGGACCUGAGCGCCUGCUACGACCUGCCUGAGGACUACAUCAUGUGGGAGGACGCCUGGGCAAUCGGACCCAUCACCAUCGCCUGUGUGGGCUUCAUGUGCACAGGGCUGGUGGUAUGGGUGUUUGCUCGUCAUAAUGACACUCCCCUGGUGAAGGCGUCCGGAAGGGAGCUGUGUUAUAUCUUGCUGUCGGGAGUCUUCAUGUCCUACGGUCUCACCUUCCUCUUCCUUGCCAAACCUUCUCCCGCCGUCUGUGCCCUACGCCGUCUGGGCCUGGGCACCUCUUUCGCCGUGUGCUACUCCGCCCUGCUUACCAAAACCAACCGCAUCUCACGUAUCUUCAACGGCGUCAAAGAGGGUGCGGGACCAGCCAGGCCUAGAUUUAUCAGCCCCUCCUCUCAGGUGUUCAUCUGCCUGAGCCUGAUCUCGGUACAGCUCCUCCUGGUGUCUGUAUGGCUGCUUCUGGAGGUCCCAGGCACGCGCAGGUUCACUCUGCCCGAGAGGAGGCAGACUGUCAUCCUCAAGUGUAACGUGAGGGACUCCAGUAUGCUCCUCAGCCUGGUCUACGACGUGCUGCUCGUGGUUCUCUGCACAUGGUAUGCCUUCAAAACCAGGAAAUGUCCAGAAAAUUUCAAUGAGGCAAAGUUCAUUGGCUUCACCAUGUACACCACCUGCAUCAUCUGGCUGGCCUUCCUGCCCAUCUUCUACGUCACCUCCAGCGACUACAGGGUGCAGACCACAACCAUGUGCAUCUCGGUGAGCCUGAGUGGAUUCGUGGUGCUGGGCUGUAUGUUUGCUCCCAAGGUCCACAUCAUCCUGUUUCAGCCACAGAAAAACGUGACCAGCCACAGACUCAACCUCAACCGCUUCAGUGUGAGCGGGGCCGCCACCACCUACGCCUCCCAUGCUUCUGUGAGUGCGCACUUUGUCCCAGCGGUGUGUAACGGGAGGGAGAUCGUCGACUCCACCACGUCCUCCCUGUGA